CCUCCCUGCUCCGUGAGAGGCGGGGCCAUCAGGUGUCAUGGCGCCGUACACUGCCAGCUGCUUCCUGCUCGUUCUCCUCCCGGCUGUGCUGCUGGCCAAGAAGGGGGACGUGAUCGAGAUCACCGACCGCAGCUGGAGGGACGUCCUGCAGGGGGAGUGGAUGGUCAAAUUUUACGCCCCGUGGUGCCCCGCGUGUCAGAAGCUGCAGCCAGAAUGGGAGGAGUUUGCAGACUGGGGAGAUGAUCUCAAUGUGAACAUCGCUAAAGUGGACGUCACGGCGCAGCCAGGUCUGAGCGGCCGUUUUAUCAUCACCGCCCUGCCGACCAUAUAUCACUGUAAAGAUGGAGUUUUCCGGAAGUAUCAGGGAUCCAGGACGCACAAGGACUUCAUCAGCUUUAUCAACGAGAAGGAAUGGGAGUCGAUAGAAGCCGUGUCCUCGUGGUUCAGCCCCGAUUCCCUGUUGAUGAGCGGCAUGUCUACCCUGUUCCAGCUGUCGGUGUGGAUUCGGAACUGUCACAACUACUUUGUGGACGACAUCGGUCUUCCCGUCUGGGGGUCUUACGUCGUAUUCGGAUUGAUGACCCUGUUUCUUGGCCUGGUCCUGGGGCUGGUUCUGGUGUUCAUUGCCGAUUAUCUGUGUCCAACCAAGAGACAACGACCGCAAGGCUUCGCCUACCCCAAAAAACUUACGCCUGAAGCCGCAAAACUACUGAAAGAACUGGAGGAGGAAGAGGAGAUUGGGGAAGAGACAGGUGACCACGGCACAAAGGAAAAUCUACGGAAGCGAAUUGGAAAAUCCUAAUUUGUAGCGUCGUUUGUGACAGUCAGAGAAGGACAAGUCCCGGAAGCUGGCAGUAGAACAGCGCGUUUCAUUCCUGUAGGAGACGCUCGCUCCAGUUGUCGGCUCCUGACCUUGUCCUAACUGACCCCCCGCGGACAGUCUUCACUCCCGUCUUCCUGAUCAGACUGCACCGAUGGACCUGAUGGCUGCUCUCCUGUGUGUUGUGUCCGUCACCGUAGCCAUAUACAACCCCCGGGGGCUACUGUACACAGUAUUUUGAGCCCUUCAGUAGGCCUCCAUAGACAUUAACCCUUUAUGCCUGGUUUGUGGUCCACCUAAUGGGAGUUGUAGUUUCACCGGUAUGCAGGGGAGUAGCUUGGAUGGCUUCACCCUCCAUUAUAUCUAAUCACAUAGAAGCUCUUCCGUCUGUCAUCUCCUCCUUGGUCCAGGGACGCUGCGCUGCCACGUGGCGGGGUCCUGACUGCCGUCUGUGCAGCCCCUACGUUACUGCUUUCUUUGCUAUGUACGUUUUGAAUACAGGUGUUUUUUAGGUUUUCCAAUAACUGUAUGUCAGUGUUAUAUGACCGUAAGGAGACGUCCAGGGGUAUUCCCAGCCGGCCAUUUUUGGCCUGUCCAUACAGUAUACCAUUAAUGCCCAAUAGUCCACCUCUGGCACCAGCUCCUUCCUCACAAACAAGGCCCUGAAGUGAAUGAAGAGGAAGCUGCGCAUGCGCCACAUCCUUCAUUGGUGAUGUUCAGAAGUCCCGGAGCAUUGAAUAGAGAGGACACGGCGCAGGAUGAGUGGUGUGGUCACUGUUAACGGUGGAGCGCCAUUCAGAGGUAGGACCCGGACCUUUCGGACACGUGUUGCAUAUCCCGCCAUGUGCAUUAAAUGUCUAGCGGGGACAACAUCGUUAGGGGUUACAUGGUCAGUGCAUGGCUGCUUUCUCCGCUGGUUGGCCAGGAAGGAUCUCCUGCCAGACUGGACUUGGCCGAGCAGCCGAGAGAGGGGCCCUUCUUUACCUACAGCAGAUAUUGUGGGCAAUGGGAUUAGAAGGGAUUUCCAAAGACCUGCGAACCACUGUGAAGCCUCUGGAAGAUGGAAAACGUAUGGGUGGCGCUCCACGCCGGCCCCCGCCACUCUAGUGUUACUGCUUGGUGCCAUGAUGCGUCUUGCGCGAUGAUGUCAUAGGGGGGGGGGAAGGGCAUGGAGAAGAGUUUCAGAUUGUGUUUUGGGGGGUGGUUGGCACACCUAUAGUUAAUGAUGGGGGACAUGGACCGCCUGUCAUACAGCUCACCCUCAGUGUUGUGUAGGGGACGUAGUUUGGUUCGUCUGUUACGAUUAUUUAUUGAGUCCGUUCCUCUUAUUUUUUCCAUAAAGGGAUCUUCUGGUUUGGUGAGAUCGGAGGGGGUGUUCUCCUGCAUGCCGUCUAGAAAUGACUGGGCCCCACAGCAAAUGUUUGAAGGCUACCUUCACUCCUGUGGCUAGUCAGGCGAGGCCCGGCAGCCACUCCAGUGUCGCUGUAUAAUACUGUGGAGGGGACCCUGACAAAAUCUUAGUCCUCCUCUGGUAUGUGUCCCUUCUGAGUUGGGGGGGCCCCCCCCCGUAGCUACGCCCUGACGCCGUCUACAUUGUACUGGUGGUGCAGGGUAAUUACACCGCAGCCCCACUAAAAUGGAGAUGGCGUGCGGGUGACCACUGCAGAGCUCGCACAAGUGCUGCAACCCCUUCCAACAGCCGAGAGUCAGGCCCCAUCUGAUAUUGAUGACCGGUCUUGAGGAUAGAUCAUCAGUUUCAUGAAAUCGGACAACCCCCUGACCAAUCAGAUUACUGCAUUUCUGAGCGGUUCAUAUGGAAGCUCCUCCCACCUUCUGUCUGCAUAGGCUCGUGUGCAUGGGUCGGCUCGCCCGUGUGAGGUGUAGGCGCUCGUCUCUCGGGUAAUUGGACAAGUGAGCGCUGUGUAACAUAGACUUUCGAUUUUUGUAACCGGACGGAUACAAAUAAUAAACAGGGUUUUGCUUUUGUGCAAUAAAAAUUAA